UUUCCAAAAGCAAGAUAAGAUCUUGACUACCAGAUCUUUGUGCAGUGCCUGCUGAGCUGUCAUAUGAAAGAGAUUUGGAAUUAUUUAGAGUACACCAAAAACUCUAUUAAAUGGAUUUGUCGUUCUGAACUAGGAAUAUCAUCUUUGAGAUGUAAGGAUACUGCAUGUCCGAUGCCGGGUACUCUCCAUAUCUCUCAACAAUGAUGCGUAUGCCGAGUUACCAGGUACAACAUUACCCCGCCGAAAAUCUUGCUUUUAGCCAAUCUGUGAAGUCAUUGGGGGAAAGAAUGAACUGUAUCUAGAUGCAGAGAGAAAAAUUUCAGGCUAGGGGGAUUUGGGGCUAUAAGAACUGGCUGCCCAAGAGAAAUAUCUUCACGCACUCCUUCUUACUUUCCUGAAACUGAAGAUGUCGAAAAGAAGUAUCUUCGGUGCCUUCACCACUGCCUUAUUGGCUUUCAGAGCAGAUGCCGUCAAUAAUGGCCUAGCAAGGACCCCUCAGAUGGGAUGGGAUAAUUGGAAUGCUCUUGGCUGCGAUGUGUCUGAGGAACUGCUUCUUCAAACGGCCGAUUUAAUAGUUGACUAUGGACUCAAAGACUUGGGAUAUCAAUAUGUUAUUCUUGACGACUGUUGGAGCAAUGGUCGGAAUGCUAGUGACAACAACACUCUUAUCGCCAAUGUGGAAAAAUUUCCAAAUGGGAUGAAGGCUGUAGCAGAUGCAAUUCAUGACCUUGGUUUGGGAUUUGGAAUGUACUCAGAUGCUGGCGAAUAUACCUGUGGUGGAUACGCUGGAAGUCUAGGGUAUGAAACUGUCGAUGCGAACUAUUUUGCUUCGGUAGGGGUUGAUUAUUUGAAAUAUGAUAAUUGUUUCAACACGGGACAAGCCGGAACUCAAUACUUAAGUUCGCAAAGGUAAGGAUAUCAGGGGUUGGAGAGCGAAAUGCCAAUGUUCUAGAGGUUUCGCGCUUUAAUUGUUUCUGUUGACGUCGAGCUAAUUAUGCCUUCCAGAUACCAAGUGAUGGCGAAAGCGCUCAAUGCUACUGGGCGCCCUAUCCUUUACUCCCUUUGCAAUUGGGGAGAAGACUCCCCAUGGAACUGGGGUUCAACCACAGCUAACAGUUGGAGAAUAUCUGGCGAUGUGUACGAUUCAUGGGAUAGGGCUGAUCCAAGAUGUCCCUGGUAAGGAAGAGCAAUCCAUAAUUUUGACAAUAUAUCUAACAACCUCCAGUGAUGGCCCUGAUGCAUUUAACUGCGUACUACCUGGUUUCCAUGUAAGUUAUCGUCCUAGGGAAAUUUACACGACUAACCACCGCGACUUGUAGUGCUCAAUUGUCAACAUAAUGAAUAAAGCUUCUUUCAUUGUCUCAAAAGCUCAGCCUGGUGCCUGGAACGACCUUGAUAUGUUAGAAGUCGGCAACGGUGGAAUGACUGAUGCAGAAUACGUAGCCCACUUCAGCAUGUGUAAGUUUUUAAUCUAUAUUACCCAGCCAUGAAAUACAAAAGCAUCAAAUUUCUAAUAAUCAAUAGGGGCAAUCGUAAAAAGUCCGCUCAUCCUCGGUAACGACCUCCGUAAAAUCCAACCAGCCGAUUUAGCAAUCAUUUCCAACCCAGCCGUUAUAGCCGUCAAUCAAGAUCCUCAAGGCAGCAGUGCUGCCCGUCGUUGGAUGUACUCCACCGACGCCACCGACGAAAACGGUGUCGCUACAAUCCAAAUGUGGUCCGGUUCACUCCAAUCCACCACCAACAGCACAACCGAUGACUUUGUUCUCCUCCUCAUAAACGGCGGUGAUAAACCCCUCACUAUGAACGCCACAUUAGCCGACAUCUUCAUCGAUUACGGCACCGCAGGCACAGCAAAACAAGUCUCCAUGGAAUGGGAACUACGAGAUCUCUGGGCAAAUCGUAUGAAUAACGCAACAGCUCAAGCGAUCAUUACCGCGAGUACCGCGACGGGAAAUGCGACGACGGGGUAUAAUGCUACCAGAGUGGGGAGUGGUAGGUAUAAUUCUACGGAAAUAAGUUAUAAGGAUGGUUUGGCGGCAGGAAGAAGUGAGUUGUUGGGGAAUUUGACCGGGACGGUUCAGCCGAGUGGAACAGUGGUGGCGGAUGUGGAGCCGCAUGGAGUGAAGAUGUUUAGAAUGAGGCCUGUGGAGACGGGUUUGAGGAAGAGAGAUGAAUUGUAGUGUGAAAUUUGGCAUUAAAGUGAGCAUAAAGCUAGCUACGUUACAAUCGUCAUAAAAUAUACGAAAAU